CGCCCAUUGUAAACGUAUAGAGAAAAUGACAGAGAUGUGAUUGUUCAAUGGUUCAGUAUUCUUAUCUUCACAUUAAAAUGAAAAACCCGUUCAGGCACUGUACCUGGAGGAGUUAACAGAUCACCUGGUGCUUGAAAUAUACCUGUAGCAGCGGGAUGACAGCACGAAUAGCAACAACACUCGCGUAUCGUUUUGUUUGAUCCCCUUUUGCUUGGAUAUACUUCAAACCCCUGUGUUGUGUACGGUUGUGCAUGAACAAGAAGGCAUUGCUGGGAAAUGUGUGUCAUGGAAGGGUAUCGUGCGAGUUAGCGAUACAAACCCUCUCUAGUUUGUGCUAUUGGAAACAGGUACAUCAGUUUGUAGGGACUGUGUAAGGGUUAAAUGAGCGACAAUAGAUAGUAGAGACACACGAUACAAUGGCACCGAUGGGUAUCCGCCUGUCGCCUCUCGGUGUGGCCAUCUUCUGCCUCCUGGGAGUCGGAGUGAUCUACCAUCUGUAUGCUGGAGUCAUCUCCAACCGGGUGGCUGCUUUCAGGCAGGGAAGCAAAGUGGAUCUGAGGGAUCUGCUUGCAUUGUCUGUGGAAGCGGCGGUGCAGGGAGGCAAAGAGGUGAAGAAGGUCAGAGAGGAGAACACCCUGGACGAGAGGACAAAGGGCAAGACCAAAGAGGGAGCCAGUGAAUUAAUGACGCUGGGUGACCUCAGGUCCCACAAGAAGAUGUUCUACCUGAUGAAGAACACCUACCCAGCGCUCAAGGUGAACAGCGAGGAGCACGACAAUUCCGUGGGUGAGGACGAGGUCUGGAACAGGGACAUCCCGUCUGACAUCCUGGAGAAGGUCCCCGAGGGGCAUGAGGUUCCUGCUCACACGGUCACCGUGUGGAUCGACCCCCUGGACGCCACACAGGAGUACACCGAGAACAUGUCCCAGUACGUCACCACCAUGGUGUGUGUGGCGGUGGACGGUAAACCGGUCAUUGGAGUCAUACAUAAGCCCUUCACCGGAGACACCGCCUGGGCGUUUGUGGGCCAUGGCACCAACGUACGUGCGCGGACCUCCUACAUCAGCAGCCCACCCAAGGUGAUCGUGUCGCGCUCGCACGCAGGGAAGGUGAAGAGCUUCAUUCAGGACGCCUUCGGGAACACAACCACCAUUACACCAGCAGGCGGAGCCGGCUACAAGGUCCUUUCCCUUGUGGAGCCCCUCCCUCAUGACACGGCCGCCACUUCAGACCAGGCUGAUGUCUACAUCCAUGUGACCUUCAUCAAGAAGUGGGACAUCUGCGCUGGUGCCGCCCUGGUAGAAGCUCUGGGGGGCAAGAUGACUACGCUCAAGGGGGAAGUCAUCGACUACAGCGGCAGCGAGGGAAACAGCGGUGGCCUGGUGGCCACCGUUGGCCUGGACCACAAGGCUCUCCUGGAGAAGCUGCCAAACUGGGUCCCCGAGAAGCACUGAUGUACCCCGAAGCCGUGAGCCGAGACAUUUAAACGCAUCUCAUCGUUGUACAAAGACACACAAAAGAAACCGGACCUGUUAAGUAGCGUAGUGGUAGCAAUAUGGAGCACAACCAUGCCAGAAACCAUCAGAGACACAGGGAGGUCCUCGUAAACCAGCUCGCUAAACCAGAUUUCACCUGACAUCGGGAUUACGGGGAAACGUGAAACACAUUGUUGCCGUUACUCGUCUUUGCGGGUUUGGUUUGACCCCUGGCCGGUGGUUAUCCCCCUGUCUAGAUAACACUCUUUCAAUACACACCCUUCCCUGUAAACCCAUCUCUAUGUCAUAUCCCCGUAUUUCCGGUCAUUCCCGUUUUCUUGGCAGACAUGAUACUGAGGAAUACCUUGCUUGAAGCUAUUUGAAACCAGAAAAAUGCAUCAAAGCAAGAAUAAACAAUGGCAUUGUUCCGUUCUACAUUGAGUUUAGAUCAUGAUCAUGCAUGAUACUUUUACAUGUGAUUAUAAAAAAAAUUCAUGUCAAUGUAUGGUCCUAGCAACGGGCAAUUUCACUGGUUUUAUCUACCAACUGUCCUACUGCUCCUGGUAAAAUGGAACUUAUUCACCUAGCGGCCAGCUUGUCAUCUUGGUCCCUUCCCUAUCAAUAUGGUCACUAGGUGAAUAAGGCCAAAUGGUCACUGCCUGUUAAUUUUAUGAUUCUACAGGCAAGUACUUAAGUGCUUAACUUCAAAAUGUAUUGAAUGACGCAAGAAUUGUUAGUUGUUAAAGGGUGUUCGCCUCUGCUUUUUUAUAAUGUAAGCGAAUAACUGCUUUAUGUUAGAAAAAAGCUGGUGAUGGUUUCUGUUUAAUAAUCCAUCUCUUGAGUCGUAAUGGCCCACUGCAAUCAACCUAGUUCUGAAGACUUAAGCCAUCUUGCUCAAUACUGAUUAACAUCAUAAGCCCUGUUUUCUGUACAUUAUUUGUGUUGCAAAAUGGGUCUGGAGAUGGAAGUCCAUAAGCUAGCAAGGAGGAGUGCUAGCUGAUAUGGUUGAUAUCCGGUGGUCCGAUUCAGUAUAGAUAACACAGUAGUUAUCUAUACUAAAUAAUAAAAAGUUGUUUCUGUCUGGAUUUGCUAAUUUAGUACAAACAAAUAAGCACAAAUUAGAUGUACAGUUGUUUCUGUGAAAAAAACGAAUUCUAAGUAUCGAAAGGCGAUAACUCAAAAACAUGGUACGACUUUUACUUUGUAAAACUAGUUUUUGUAGAAUUUUCCUCUGCUGUUAAUGUUCUGUGUUUUUGACCCAAGUUUUUCUUACGAGUGCCUUUUGUACAAGCAUGGAGAGACCUAGGCCUGAAGUCCAGAGUGCUUGUGGAGUACGGGUCAGAAGGUCUGGCUACAGCUCUUCACCCGCUUGGUGAUUUUAUAUUGGGAUGCGUGAGGGAUGUUGUGUUAACCCUUGUCUCUUGCGCUGUACUCGGUCACAUCCUCGUUGGUCUCACCUGGGGGUCAUUGGCUUUAACGGUGACCCAGUUGGGUUGAUGAGCCAUGCCCCAGCUCGUCUAAACUGAUCCCCCCCCCCCCCCCCCCCUCCUGAUCCACGGACAUCACCAUUUUCAUGCUGUGUGCUAUCCUGGGUCGCUAGUGUAUGGAGGAACCAGGGCCUGUGGAGUGUCUGUGGCCCACCUGGAUGGACGCACACACACUCAGGAGGCUCUUCGUCUCGAUGGCUUCCUUCCUCUGGGCUUUUCAUUCAUUUCCGUCUGGAACUCCAGGCUCGAUUGGAUCAGUACCAUGACCUGCCUGUGAGUGUUGUCACGGCGAUGGAGUGUGUGGAACUUGGAACUGCUCCUCCUAAUGGACCUUCCAUCUUCUGUGAUCAUGACUUUUCGAUUCCAUGCACGGUACUGGUGUUAUAUUGUGGAAUUGUGUGAUAACGAGUGAUGAAACGCAUUUAUUUUGUGUGAGUGUAAUGCGUGAUCAAAAAUCUGUAUGAAAUAUUUUAUUCCAUUAAUAAACAAUUACAUGGAGAUAAUAGGCAAAAAUAAUAAUUUAUAAUGACUUUUGGGGUCGAGAUCGAUCAUUAAAUUGUUAAUGGUCACAUGCUAGUAGCUACGGUUCUCUUCAUACAUACCAUUUACUUAUAAGAGGACUGCGUUAUCUUUACUUUAGUAUAAGAAAUAACUAAAAAUACAAAACUUAGUAUCACAUUUCAAACACAAUUCAGGAAGUGGUGACGUCUGUUGGACAGGUGGUGGCGUUAUCCUGCCUGCCCCUCAGCUCAUGACUCAAUGCCUUUGAUUGUGAGUUUCCAAUAAAAACAUGCCCUAUUCUUGCACGGUGACAUUAGCGGUGUCCAUUGUCCGUCACCAUUAACCCCGGGCCUGGCUUCAGCAGCGUGUAGUUGAACACAAUGGUAUUGUGUUCAGUCAUUCAGCAGACGCUUUUAUACAAAUCACUGUGUUCUUAUUGGGGAUACGUCAGGAGUAAGACAUCUCACUGAUCAACUGUGGAUAUUAGGUUAUUUUCUUGUAUUUAUCACUGGUCAAACUUCAGUAGGUCACUAGGGUAUCAAUCGAUAGUUGAUGUAAAUGUUGCCCCUUGAGGCAACUAUAGGAGCGAGAGCGAUAUAUUCUCACAAGUCUGUGGACAAGGUCAUCUUUGUGAGCCGGGUCUUUUUCAUUUGUUUCCUAUUUGUUUCAACCAAUGAGGCUGUAGGUAAAUUUGGCAAACAAACUACAAGCAGUAGAAAAAACCUUUUUUUUUGACGAUACACCCAUUUAGCGAGAAUUAGUUGUUUUUUUCAGUAGAAUAUCAAAACAGAAAAUAAGAUGCAACUCCGCCCCUUGCACUAUUUUGAUUCCUGCUCGACAUCAUAUUUAGCCUUACCAUGGAACAGAAAACAACCAGGGGAUGGCCACAAUGUCAUCAUUAUGUGCAAGAUCUUAAUUUAUUUGCAGCAAUAAAUGGGCAGCCCCUUAUCCUGCAUAAUCAAGAGUUACAAACCAAAGAUAUCGCAGAGCGAUCCAGACACACGCCUUCCAACUUGGCAAUAAAACAAAAACAGAAAACAAAACACCUGGGCAAGAAAUCGAUGCCACAAAGGCCAUAGGUUGAUAGUUCAUUAAACCAGGUCUUCAAACUUGACAGCUUACUUUUUUUUUCUCAUUUGAAAGUGUUUUGAAGGUCACUUAAGUCAGAUUCUUAAAAUAAAUCUUAUGUUUAUCAACAUAAUUAACAUUUACAUAAUGUUAAAUAAAAUAAAAUAACCCAUUGACAAACAAUUAAUACAUUGUGUGCAUUACAAACAAAGUGCUUGAACAUUUUUUUCUUCAAAUAAAUUAAUUGACAUCAAAUUCCAUAAAGUGGUAUAGCCCCUGCAACCAUUUCUCAUUUACAGACAUGUAACAGACAUGGUUAGCCAUCAAUCAAUUAGAGUCAGCCCUUGGAAGUGGUCGACCAAUGGCCAGUCAGAGCUGAGGCGUGGCUCACUGGCAGUUUGUCAUUGAAUGGGAGGUCAUUUGCCUGAACAGCAGUGUGGGUGAAGAGUCAACUGUUAAAUAGAAAAGACACAAUUGAAAAUCAUGCAUACAAUUAUUCGUGUACGACCCGUUCUUCUGGCCCCAAAAAUCGAUUUUAUUUGGUGUGGAAAGUUUUUGGAAUAUCCAUAAAAAAAAUAUUCUUUGUUACAGAAUCAAGACAUAAUAAAUCCAAUAAAGACUUGAAUUGAAUGGCGUCAGUGAGGGACUUACUGUUCAUGUAAGUCAUGGUGGGGUCAGAAGUGAUGUAGGACGAGUAUUGCAGGUUAUCCAGGGGUGGUGUCAGCUGACCAGAAGGAAUCAGUGUCAUGACCGUAGACGGGCCCAGGUUUGGGUACACAUGUUUCUUUUGGCGGGCACGGCAGUUCUGGAACCACACCUGUAGUGUGUGUAGGUGAAGGUACAUAUUACUGAGGAGCUACCUGGUGCCCACCACAUAUUUAGUCAACACUAGAGGCGUUGGUUUAGCAUAUUCCUUUGUGGAGAAACAGAUUUAUUAAUUAUCCAAAUGGACGUACAGUGAAUUCUGCAUACCUGUAUAACCCUGCGGCUCAGCCCGGUUCUCUCGGCUAGGAUCUGCAGCGUCUGGGCGUCUGGGUUGUUGUCGUUCGCAAACUGGCCCUGCAUUAUCUACAGAAAAUACAGUAACCUCACCUUACAAAGGACCCCCAUUUUAACCCAACGUUUGGGCAUGUCCAGCCAGAUGUAUUAUGGACGGAUCAGCCUAUAGUACAGUCAACUAGGGUAAGAUAGGCUGAUCCGUCUGUCAUGCAUAUGUUGGGUGUGAUUUUAUAAUGGCUAAUUAACAUCACCACACCUGAUGGUAUAAUACAGGCCUUUUAGCUCAAAUAUGCACUUCACUUCCAUCGUGAUUGCUCGGUUUCCCGUCUCAACGUGGCUAUCUUAAUAGGCAGUAUACCUGUAGCUGGUCGGCAGUGAAGCUGGUCCUGGCUCUCUUGUUGGGCUUGGAUUUUGAACUGCUGACGUCUUGGUCUGAAGGCUCAGUUUCCUCCACUUGGACUUUGUCUGAGUGACAGAAAACAGAGGCCGGCAGAUUAAAGCACUGACCAAAUGGGCCUACAGGGGGCAUGGGCACAGUGACUCAAAUGGUUCCUCUCCCAGCUUUGAUUGCCGGUGUUUCCCACCUCCUGCGCCUUAAAGCGUCUCCACGUCAAAAUGA